GACAUAUGGACAGAAGGGGAGGCAGAGAACAUCACCACUCUUUGAGUGCAUGUUCGUUUUAAGGAGCAAAAGCUAAGCUGCAGUGGAGUGUGAGUGACCUGAAGAAGAAGAAGAAGAAGAAGAAAGAGGAGGACGAGGAGGAGGGCCUUAAGCACUGAGGAGAUACAGCAUGUGCGUCCUCGCCUCUGGUGGAUUUGGGUUGACAGGCAGAAGAGUCACGCUGGACGUCACAAUGUGUCUGCUCUUUGAUAUCAGUCCAAUCUCCGGGGGUCAGGGACGUUUUAAAUGCUGAAAAGGAUUUGGACUCACAUCCUCUGAGUGCACACGGACGGACGGACUCAUUGAGCGCACUGGAGGCUUUCCCUUUCGCGAACCCAGGAUCCGCUGCUCAGGAUGCUCUGUGAGAGAAAUCCACUUCAAAUCCGACCGCAACAACCAGCCGGACUCCACGCUGCGCCCACAGGCGACGACGCGGCAGAAAGCCUCCAUUAAAAGCUGCACCGCUCGCUCGGGACAAAAGGUGCAGCGAGUUCUGCAGGACGAGCUGCAGGCGGCGCACAUGAGCAGCUCACUUGCCCUCGCUCAGGCACAAGAGCCUCGCUCGCUGGGCUGCUGGCACCAGCAACAGAGAUUCCCCAACAUGAUGGAGAAACUGAACCCCUCCGGCCCACCUGUCUCCCCCUCCGAGCUGCCCCGCCCGUCCUCCCCGUCCUGUGGCUCCGGAGAGCAGCACAGUCCCCCCCGCAGCAAGACGUCAUUUGAGGACGCCAUCGGCUGCCCACGGCCCGCUCUCAAAAAGGGGCAAAAGGGACCCAAGGACGUCUCCUCUUCAGGCUCGCUUAAGCCCAUCGUCAUGGAGACAAGGGAGGAGAAGGAGGAGGAGGCGGAGGAGGGCGAGAAGCGAGCAGGAGCAAAGAGCACCACAGCCCCGGACGCCGCUGCCAACGGGUCCCCAACUCUUUCCUCUCCGCCUCCGCUGCUCCCAGCACCAGCCAAGGCCUCCGCCGCAUCCUUCCCUCCGUGCUCCUUUUCGUCUCCUCUUCCUCCGCACAUUCCCGUCAUCAGCCUCGGUCACAGCAAACCCCCUCUCCCCCUCCCCAACACCCCCUUGACGGCCCUCCACCCGAUACCCAACCUGCGGCAUGGGCCCCACGGAGACCUUCGCCGCUGUCAGCGGCCUGUGGCCAACCCUUCUGGGGGCUCCUCAGCUCCCUCCCCAGCACACCUUUUGCAUCAGCAGUACCUGUCGCCGCACCCCUUCUUCACCAGUUCUUACCUGAGUCCCUCAGGAGGAAACUAUGGCCUCAUCAGCAGCAGCCGCAUCAAGAGAAGACCCUCGUCCCACUUUGAGGUGGAGAUCACUGAUUGCCCUCCCCAGAAAAUCGCUCGCCGCGUCUUCACCAACAGCCGCGAGCGCUGGCGGCAGCAAAACGUCAACGGGGCUUUCUCCGAGCUGAGGAAGCUCAUCCCCACGCACCCCCCCGAGAAGAAGCUCAGCAAGAACGAGAUCCUCCGUCUGGCCGUCAAGUACAUCAACUUCCUGGUGACGCUGCUCAGCGACCAGGCACAGGACCGGGGCAGGGACUCCGAGGAGGACGGGGUCACCGCGGCUGGGUCGGACGGCAGCAGACAGGACCGCGUGUUUCAGUGCAGCCCCCCUCCUCCGGCCCGCGCCGCCCCCCCACCCUCGGCCCGGCCCGCCGCAGUGCGCAGAGAGAGGGACUCCACCGACUCGGUCGUUGCUCUGUCCAACUCCCCGGAAACGUCCAGUUGCUACGGCGAUACGGACAGUGAGGAGAGCUUCGUGGCUAAGACCUCUUUGGUGACACGCGGCAUUCUGGGAAAGGUCAAGGGGCAGAUAAGGACGGUGGCAGCCACGAGCGACGAGCGGUGACACCAUGUCGAUGUCUCUUUGAAAUGUAUCUGUGCCGUGCGGCAAGCUGAGAGGCACAAAGCAUCGCCGAAUAUUUGAACACAUUUUAUGUCCAAAUAAGGUCACAAUAUUUGUUUGUCGAACUUUACAAUGGGGAUGAGAAGUGAUGAAUUAUGUAAAACAGGACAGAACAGAACAGAACAAACUGAAUUUUUCUCUGUAGACCAAAGGAAAAUAUUUAAACACAAGAUUGUUCAAACCAAAGUUUUUUUUAUGGUCCAAAUGCAGCCUCGUACCUGUAAAUAAUCGGCAUUGCUCCCGCACGAUUACGGGGACGACCAAGAAAUACCAAGUGUCCAGCUUUUAACGCCGUUGUCGGAGAGGCGAGGCUCACGGUACCACCCUCACAUUGUGACACAUUGUACCAGACAGAAAUAAAGUGCCCUUUUAGUUUGCGGUUCCUUAUUUGACAUCCUCUUAUUGCGCUCCAAAGACUUGUCGUUGUCAGCAGAAUUUCUCAACAUGUUUAAAUGUUUAGGGGACGUACGUUCAUCCUUUUAAGUGUUCAGUGUCAAAAUCCCCUGUGUGAGAUGAACUCCAUAACCAUGAGGUGUUAGAUGUGUAAGUACAGUGUUUAUCUUAACUAACUUAAGUCACGGGUCUACAUUUCAAUAAAUUGCAAUAACAA